UCCCGAGUAUCAGCGCCGUCACAGUCCAAAGGUAAAAAAAAAAUUUCGAAGAAAACUCGAGAAAGAUCACAAAGAAAAAAAAAAGCCUUCGUCUGGGGAAUGGAGAACGAGCAAGAACAAACCAGUGGACGAUUUCUUAUUUACAUUUGUUGCCACCCCCAUUUGAGAGGUGGCUACGAAGGCUGUCUAUCUUUGAGAGAUCGAUCGUCUAUUCGCUACCAGAUUCGGAACUGCCAGCGAUUUUUUGACAGGAACGCUCUAGCAUAUCUUGGAGGGCAAGAGAACCUUCACAUGGACAGGUACUAUUGGAUUGUACUAAAGCCCAGCGAGCCAGCACUUGAUAAUUGUAAAACGAGCAAAGAAAUCCAAAUUUGA